AUGACCAAGGGUUGUUAUACCUGUCGACGCCGUCGCAUCAUCUGCGACAAUGGCCUGCCGACUUGCCGAAAGUGUCGCGACGCAGGAAAAGAAUGUUUGGGCUAUCAGAAGCCGCUGGUAUGGGUGAAAGGUGGCGUGGCUAGUCGGGGCAAGAUGAUGGGUCGCAGCUUUGACGAUGUCAAGAAACCGGACGGAGAUUCAAAGGCCGAGGCCUCUACGCAAGCGAACAUGUGCCCGGCGACAAAUACUGCUGGCUUUGGUUUCUUUUCGAUCGCCGAACAGUCCUCUGCUACUAGCUCGCCGAGCUCUGGUGCACACACGAGCCCAGAAUCCGAAUCCUAUGUGCAAGAGAUCGUGGAACAUGCAGCACCGGAAAGUGCUGAUGGAGACAUAAUAUUUGGGUCAAGUUCCACAGAUGAACCGGACAACAGGGUGGUUCGAGUUCCUCGGGCCGCCUCUGCGGACUUCGUUUCAGCCCCAUGGGGACUGGUCGAUCCGUUGUUCAAAGAUAUGAGUCAAAUCUCGCGAUACUAUCUCUUUCACUACAACCAACAUAUGGCCAAUGACUUCGUUGUAUAUUCUCAGUCCAAGAACCCCUGGCGGGAUAUCAUUUCCUUGGUUGGCGACUCGCCGCUUCUCGCACACGGUCUAUGCGCUAUGGGUGCUCUACACUACUCGUUGAUGUCGGAUUCGGACUCGUCCCCGAUGCCUUGGUCUUCGAACAACCUCUUGACCAGCGGCUCACCUCUAUCACCCGAAGACAUCGAAACGAUUGUCUCGCCAGCGGGCAAUCGACGGCCGUCUUCUAGGGCAUUCCAACACUUCCUUGAAUUCAAGCAACGCACGCUUCAUCAGCUGUCCAAGGACCUCUCGAAUCCCGUGAUGCAAAAGGAUGAUAGAACUCUGGCCGCUAUUGUUGUGCUUGCCCUGGUCGAUAUUUUCGAAUCGGGAAGUGGAGCAUGGAGUUAUCAUAUUGAAGGCGCAAAGAAACUCCUAAGAGACAGGCCAGAGAACAACUUCGGCCAAGGUAUUCUUGACGGGCUCGAAACUUUUGCCAUCGAUGGUUGCUUAAUUAUGGAGAUCAUGGGCUCAACCCUCGCCCGCCCAGGCGCCCUCUCCAAACCAUUCUACUCCGCAGCCAUGGGCCCAGCCAUGCUCAAGCGUCUCGAAGAAACCUCUUGGGUCGGCUGCCCGGCCUACCUCCUAGAGGUAAUCUUCUUCAUCCACACCCUCUGGUAUCCAGACUCCGAAAUCACCACCGCCACCCCCCAACCAUCCGCCCUCCCAGCAUCCAUGCAGCCAGGCCAACCCCUUUCCCUCGAAUCAUAUCUCGCCCUCCUCCAGGGUAUCCGCGACUUCGACCCCGUAGCCUGGGCCCACCACAUGCAAACCUCCCAUUUCCUCUCCGACCUCUCUACCCGCGUCGCCCUUGCUAAAUCCUACCAAAACGCCGUCUACCUCUAUACCAGCCGCGUGCUAUCCCGCCCCCGCGAAGGCUACACCCCUCCCUGGGCGGACGUCGGGCUCCCCGCAGACCACUCAGCCGUGGCUAGCGACCUCCUCAAUCAAAUAUGCUCCGUGCCCUACUCCGAUCCACACUUCAAAUGCCUAAUAUGGCCCACAUUUAUUGCCGGCGCAGAGUGCCGCCGUACAUCGCAUCGCCCGCUCGUCCUCGAAAAACUAGGUGCACUCUACCAGGCCGUGACGAGCGUUAAUGUCCAGAAUGCCGCGUGGGUUCUGCGUUUGAUGUGGCAGAAACACGAUCAGAAGCGGCGCGAGAAUUGCGCAAAUCCGUUUCCCGGGCUUGAGCAUGAACUUGUGGACGGUGGUGGGGUUAAUGUCAAUUCCAAUGACGAUGACGAUGACGAUGAUGAUUACGAUAAUACGUUUGACUGGGUCGAUGAACUGGAUGAGUCACGCCUGGACUGGUUGUUUAUUUGA